UUUUAAUUAUUAUUAUAUGAUAUAACAGUGUGAGGUUGAUCAUGCUAUAUAUCCAGCAGGAGGCUUUCCUAUUUAAUAGCAAUGGGGUGCAUCUUCCUUAAUAAGUGACGUCAAAGGAGCCUGGAUCAGCGCGCAUGCGCGGGAAAGCGGAGCGGCAGCCGCAGCACGGAGCAGUGCGCGAAACAACAGCAGACAUGGCAAGAGAUGGCGAGGGACGCGAGCACACCGACACCAUGCACUGCUGAAGGGACGGGGGCCUUAAUAUUAAAACAAAAUUACAAAACUUUAUAAAACAUAGAAAAAGGGAAGAAAAAAAAAACAGAAAAGAAAGCAAAGAAAAAAUAUUCAAGAUAAAAACAGAACUUUUCCAAUGAGAGCACUUCUGUGGACACUGCUCCGCUAUAUCAGAUAGAUGAUUUGUCCACACGCUUGCACGUAUAAUGAACGCCCAGCUGUCGAUGGAGAACAUUGGCGAUCUGCACGGAGUGAGCCAUGAACCGGUCCCCAGCGCGGCGGAUCUCAUGACCGGAGACAGCGCUCAUCACAGGAGCCAUCGGAGCAGCCUGUCAGCCCAUGCGCGCUCCAUGGGCAUGGCAUCAAUCCUGGACAGCGGCGACUAUCAUCACCACCGGCCCCCGGAGCACCCCGGGCUCGCAACGCACCUGCACCCGGCCAUGAGCAUGGCGUGCGAGGCUCCCCCCGGGAUGAGCAUGAGCAGCACCUACACCACCCUCACCCCGCUGCAGCCCUUACCGCCCAUCUCCACCGUAUCCGACAAAUUCCCGCACCACCAUCAUCACCACCACCACCACCACCAUCAUCACCCGCACCAAAGGAUCCCGGGGAACGUCAGCGGGAGCUUCACCUUGAUGAGGGACGAUAGGGGUCUAGCCCCGAUGAACAACCUCUACUCUCCCUACCACAAGGACGUCGCCAGCAUGGGACAGAGCUUGUCGCCCCUGUCCGGAUCUGGACUGAGCGGCAUUCACAACUCCCAGCAGGGGCUGCCGCCCUACGCGCACCCCGGGGCCACCAUGCCCGCCGAGAAGAUGCUUACACCCAACGGAUUCGAGGCACACCACCCCGCGAUGUUGGCUCGACACGGGGAGCAGCACAUGAGCGCGUCUUCGGCGAGCAUGGUGCCGAUCAACGGCAUCCACCAUCACCCGCACGCCCAUCUCAACGCCCAGGGCCACGGGCAGGUGCUGGGCUCCACUCGGGAGCAGAACCACUCCUCCGCGCCCGGAUCGCAGCUUAACAACGGCAGCAGUUCGGGACAGAUGGAAGAGGUCAAUACCAAAGAAGUGGCCCAAAGGAUCACCACGGAACUGAAAAGAUACAGCAUUCCGCAAGCCAUCUUCGCCCAGAGAGUGCUGUGCCGCUCGCAAGGGACGCUUUCGGACCUGCUCCGGAACCCUAAGCCCUGGAGCAAGCUCAAGUCUGGUCGGGAAACCUUCCGCAGGAUGUGGAAAUGGUUGCAGGAGCCUGAGUUCCAGAGAAUGUCAGCGCUCAGGCUCGCAGGUGAGAGAACAAUAGCGUGCAAGAGAAAGGAGCAGGAGCACGGUAAAGGGGAGCGGGGGAGCAUCUCCAAGAAGCCCCGGCUGGUUUUCACUGAUGUCCAGCGUCGGACUUUACAUGCAAUAUUCAAAGAGAACAAGCGCCCGUCCAAAGAGUUACAAAUCACCAUCUCUCAGCAGCUGGGCCUGGAGCUCGCCACCGUCAGCAACUUCUUCAUGAACGCGCGUCGACGGAGCCUUGAUAAGUGGCUGGACGACGGCAGCUCCAACUCGGCCAACUCCUCCUCCUCCAGCACUUGUACCAAAGCAUGAUGGAGUAAUGGCUGCAUUAUGAAAAAAAAAAAAAAAAAAAAAAAAACUUCGGUGGAAAAGCUUUAAACAAAGAAAACUUAACAAGAGACAAUUUUAGACAGCGUUUGCCCUUAAAACUUGUACAGUACCGAUAUUUAUAAUAUCCAAAGAAAAACACCAAAGACUGCUUUGACCCCCAUUUAGGACUUUGUUCGUUUAUGUCUGACAUUCUGCAAAAAAAGAAAAGAAAAAAGUUACACUCCAAUCACUGGUCGUUCCCCAUCUCAACACACUCCCCUAGUCUUUCUUUUUUCACGUGAUCGGUUGCAUUCAAGGACUUUUUCUCAUCAAUGAUUGGUCAUUAUCUCAAACAUGCAGUGAUUGUUAUUCACUCUGAUGUCAGAUUCCAUCAUCGAGGGGCUUGACCUGCAGGUGUAAUGCCUCACCUCUGUGUUUUUAGGCAUCCCAGAUCUAGCCAGGGAUGCCAAAUAUAAUCAGGUGGUGUAGAAUCUUGACAAAGGUUGCCUGAAUGUCACCCUCAGGAUAGUGCUUUCUUCCUAAUUGUUGGAAAAGUUACAUAGGAACCUAAAAAAUACAUGUGAACUUGCCAUCUUCACUUCUUAUCAAUCACAGAUGGUAGAACCAAAGAAACAUGUGUAUUUUAUUAGUAUUAUUAUUUUAAAAUCAGGCAAAACUAUAUUGAUUCCUCUUAUCAAGACACCCUGUGACAGGUCCAUUCAGGUGACUCCGUAAAUGUAAUAUGGACUGCGGGUCCUGUAGCCAUUUAACAUAUAAUUAAGUUUCGUAUUUAUCCAAACGAACAAACUAGUAGUAGUCAAGCAUGUCUCUGUGAGGACACAUCUGUGCCCGCACCCCAUUCCUGCCUCGGUCCUUUCUUGUGAUUAUUUCAGGGAGAUUUUUGCUAGCUUUAACCUGCCUUUUUUACCUGUAUUUUAAAUGUUUCAAUGCCAGUUGCUAAAAACCAAAGAUAAAGUUACACUAACUAGCAUCUGUCACCGUUUCAUACCCACAUCCAUCAGUCAAACAUAGCUUAUAAGGAGGUAUUGAGUUUCGCAGACUCUCGUAUAAUGAUGUCUGGGUGAAAUAACACAGGGUUUUUGUCAUUUAUCAUAAUUAGCUUUGUCUGCAUGCACAUGUUAAUUGUCAUUAGAGGAAGCAGGAGGAAAUUCAGUUUGUUUUGUGUUACAUUUCAUUUCACAGACUUAUUUCAUUGCAUACAACCAACUUUCUCAUCCUUAGAAUUUUAAUGUAACGUUUAAAUGACUGGUGGCUGUCAGCAUGCUUUCACAAACCCAUAAGCCAUGUGCUGUCAUAUGGUUUCAUUUCCCCUUUCAGCUCACUUAGAUGCUGUUUUUAUUUUUUGAUAGAAUGCUAUUUCAUUGUCUAAUGCAUCAUUUUCACGCCAUCGACCAUCAACGCCACUGCAGUGUCACCAUCCGGGCCCGAACCCAAUACCCCGCCCGGAAAGAGAGAGAGAGGGAGCAUUCUAUGCAUUUCACAACUAGGAAGAAAGCAUUAUUGAGACUGAAGCAGGGUGAUGCGUUCGCUUCAUAUAAUAGACUCACUCAAACUCACAAGAUAUCUGGCCUUGUUGUCUCUUGUGGUGUGUUUUAGCUUUAAAAUAUAUUUGGUAUUUACGACUAUUACAACAUCGAAGCAUAUAUAAAAGAGCGCUGCUUCCUCAUGUAGAAAAGCAGAAAAAUGACAAAAAAACAAAAAAACAUGUUAAGACCUGCUGAUAUUUAUAGUGUGAACCAAAGAUGCUACCUCAGUCCGUUUCCAUUUGUGAUUUCUAUCAAAGUAAUGAUACCAAAGAAUACCAAAGAUUUGUUCUCUUUGCACGGCCUAAAUGAAUGAUAAGGUGGAUGAAUAGAUGGUGUGUUUCCACUCCUUUUCCCCCUGUCUCCUCCUCUCCUUCGCUCUAAUGCUCUCUAUCACUCAUCCGUGCUCAUAACAGCGCCCUCGGCAGACAUGUUUUAAACUCACAGGACGAGUGCCUUGCUUGAACCAAAGUGUUAAACCGCCGUUGACCUCUCGACACCCACCUUUUAACUCUCGGAAUACCUCAGCCUGUGGAAGGGCCACUGACGAAGAAAAAAUGGAAUAUUUCUUCUCUCUCACCGUGGUGCUUUUGCCAGUGCAACCAUGCAAUGAAAACAUACCAAAGGAAUUUCUCUUGCUUUCUCCAACUCUCGCUGACAAACCAAAGCUCCUGCCACCUCCCUUUUAAACGCCCAGCCAAAUCUGCCGCUUGCCCCGCCCCCCCCCUCGCCACGUCACCAGUGGGUGUGUCCACCGAUUAGGCCGUGCACGUCUUUACCAAUAUCUGAAUACCUCAUAGUAAUAAAUUUUCACAGUUCUGUUGUAUAGAGAGUUUAUGUGAUUAAGGCAGAACUAACUAGUUUGGUAAUCAUUGAUGUUACUUCGGGAAAAAGCUUUAUGAGUAUUUAUUUUGACGGUUUUGGCUAAAGUGCUCAGUUUUGGUCACCAAAGGCGAGUUUCCGUGAUAGAAGCCUGAAACUUGCAGAAAGAAAAAGAAGCUUAUUUUUUUUAAAGCCUUGUGUUAUUCCGAUACUCUUAAGGAUGUUUGACUAUUCUUUUUUACAGGGUAAAACCAACUGCUGUGAUUCUGUGUCUAUAUUCGUUCACUUUCUUCUACUACGGUGUUGUGAUUUCCGUUAAUUUAAUUGCAUUUUUGUAUCGCUUAACCUCUGUUUAAUUUAUGUAUUUGUAGAAAAUAUAGAUUUGUACAUAGUAGGUUUUUUGAAAAAAACAAAACAAACAAAAAACAAACAAAAAAAAAUGGACAUUUAUUUUAUUUUACAGCCUUAUGUCUGAAGUGUAGAUAUAUUGAUGAAUUUCCAUUCCUCUGUGUUUGUAUGUUAGAUGGCACUUUGGCCCUUGUACUAAUACACUGCCAGAGAUCCGAACGGUCCGCCCACAGAGACCCGACCUCAUUGCGGCGAAAAAAAGCAGUGUAUGAUGUUUUUUAGUUGAUUUUUUUUUUUAUGUUAUUUAAAUGUCCAGAAUGAUUUUGUCCUUUGUACUUCAAAUCAUUGUUUUAUGGGUAUUGCUGCACAUCCAAAGAUUUUCUAACCAAACCAAAAAGUGGGAGGGGGGAGGGGGGGGACGAAAGAAAGAAAGUAGUGUAAUUUUUGCAUAAGCACUGGCAUUUGUGAGGUUAUCUGCUGUCUGCACGGGUAUGAACCAGUAGAGGGCAUAAUGUAGACAAGCUUAGUUGGGGGGCAUAUACUGCUAAACAGUACAAUCUGUGGCUUUUGGGAAGGAGGGCUACAAGUCCUGCUCACUUUGCUGUGUUGGACACUGAGAGGGUGGAGCGUGGGCGGGGCAGCAGGUCUGCCGGGGGCGGGGUCACGUCGCUGGGUUGAUUUUUAAUUGACGUGGCACUUCUGCCUAGAUCCAUCUGAUAUGUCAAUUUUGGUUCGAACGUGUGUACUGACAAUGAGCAAAGUCUAAUAAAUCUGCAAAGCAAACAGGAAUUGAUGUGUGCAUGUAUGGGGAGGGCGAAAGUGUGUGUCUAAUGUUGUAUGUUGAAGGUGAUGUAAUUUCUGCUCCACUAGUGGCACCAAACAGAUCUGCAAAAAACAAGUUUCAAACACUUUUCCCAUCUUCUAUAGUUUAUAAUUCUAAAUUACCGGAAGAGAAAGGUCUGCAUUACCGUUCAACUUAGCGGCAGCUGGGUGAUUGUUAUGAUACCCCCAAAAAUUGGUUACUGGCAAAACAUGUGCCAUUAUGUUUGCAAAACGUUUGUUUGGUCAGAAUACAUGGCUACCUUUAAAUAGACAAAUGCUUUGCGCCUGCGUAAUGGCAAACUGCAAAAGCUAACAAGCUGAAAUGCGACCCCCAGUAUCAGAUUGUCCCCCCCUCAAAAUCACAGCAUUGGUUGAGCCUGUAUUGUUAUUUCAGCAGUUUCCAUUUCUGUUUGAUUCUGCUAGUGGUUCGGACAUGGUUUUGUACAGUUCACCUUAACAAUUGGGUGCAUUGUGUGUGUCUGCUUAGGAUGGAGGACACCACUUGAAAACAUCGUGAAAAGAAUGAGGCAUAACAAUGUCCCUUAUAUUAGCAAGACUGAAGAGAAAGCCCAUGAUAGCAGCACUUUUCGUCUCACUAUGCUGUACAAUCAGAAUUGUAUCAUUAGGUUUGCUGGCCAUGGGUUUCCUGUGUCGCAUAAGGGAUAUCGGAUAGAUGAUCCAGGUGCAGCGUUUAAGAUUUGUUUUUGUACAAUAGCAAAGAGUGGCAUAAAUCAAGCCCUACUGUGAGUUAAGAUCCUCUCUGCCCACAACACAGUCAAAGACCCAGAAGUGUUCGCCAACAGCAUCACAGCAGCUGUCUGCAUCAGAAUACUCACCCCUUCUCUUCCCAAACCUUACGCUCCGUCCCGACCCACUCCUCUAAUGUAGUGUCUAGCUUAGAUAGCUCGAUGUAUGUGAAUGUUGGGAUUGCUCUAAUCAUUAAUUCCUAUCCCAGUUGGUUGUCGUGGAAAAGGAGUUCCUAUUUGAUAGAAGGCUUGGCUCUGUGUGCCGUAUAAUACUGAGAGCGCCUAAGACAAUCAGCUGGAAAACAAAAUCAUGUUUUUCAUUUUUUAAUAUUUAUUUUUUGUAGGUCCAAGAGGGACUACUUCCAGCGAUGAUUAUUAUAAAGAAAGAGGAAGGUUUUGAUAAACUGAAAAAUAAACUUGCUGACAUUUUCUUUCGCAAAAGUAGUGCUUGUUUCCAUUUCGAACAGUGCAUCUUGUAUCAAGCUGGUUCUGUUUUUUACACUUUUCUUUUUCUUCUCUCUUUCUCUCGGCCUGUUUUCUCUGUAUGUUGUGUCUGUUUCAGUGGAGGAAUGCAGUAGGUAUUACUCUCAGGUUGUAAUGCGUCAUGCUUUUAAUUUUAAAUUCUGAUCUAUAUCAAAUUGUUUGUUUGUUUUUUUCCUUUCUUCUUUCCUGUUAGCUACUGUUCUCUAUAUGCCGUGCAAUAUCAUCUUCUGUGUUUGCUAAGCAAGAAAAAAAAAAGAAAAAAAAAGAUGCAAGUAAUGAUGUCACCAUGCUUUUUUCAGUGUUAAAAUGUUUCAGCAUUUCUGUAGUCACAAAAAUGUAGAAAAUAAAAAGGUUGGGUUUUCCAGCGCAUCACAACCAGA